GAAUAAAAUGAAAAUAUAACGAAAUAAAAAAUACGUAAAAAGACAUGAAUCUAAAUUAUAAAAAAAUUUUUAAUGGUGAAUGGUAUGUCACACGAGAUGGCACUAAGAAAAGAUACAUUGGAAAGAUCGAAACUAUUUACAUGAUUAUAUUAUGUUUUACGACGAACUUUUUAAGUUUCAUCUUCGUCGAACCAGGAACUCGUGUAACUCUUGACAAUUUAGCACCAAAAUCAGCGGCAUUUAAUGCCCUUUUUCGUCGAAAUUAUAAUUUAAAGAUAAGAAUACUCGCAGCUAAUGUAAUUACGGGAUUAAUAACAACGACAAUGGUAGCUAUAGCUGAUGAAUAUAAUAUUCCUUAUCUUUAUUUACCGUGGCUGGUAAAUACUAUCAAUGGAAUUGCAUUUUACGAGGGCCCUAUUUUUCUAAAUUUGAUUUACACUCUUUUACCGAACUUAGGAAUUCCAACAGGAUCGUUUCUACUCAUGACAUUACUUUUAUACGUUGAGGAACUAUGUGUCUGGAAUGAAGUAUUUAUCAGUUUUCAACGUAAUUGGUCUGAUUAUAAUAACAAAAAACAAAACAGUAUCAUCGAAAGCAAGGAAAAUAGUCUUACUUCUACGAAAAACAAUGGGGAACUUUUUUCGGAGAAAAAUAUAAAAAAAAAGGAUCGGACUCUUCUUCUCGAAAAAAUUCCAAAUCGAAGAAGAUCUUUUGAUUCUUACAAUAAAUCUAAUAAUCCCUUUUAUAUUAAUUCUAUUCUAACAAAACAUAUUUUCGAUAAUAACAUAACUAUUUAAUAUGAUGACAAGAUGGAAUGGAAUACACGAUGAUCGGUAUUAAGGGAAAAAAAUGAAUGCGUUUGAAAUAAAAUCGCGAGAACACACGAGGUAGUAAAGAAGAGUUGAAUCUAGAGAACACUUAUGUAACAAAGGCAUGUUUGCUUUCUUAAUUUAGAUAAUUUACGGAAAGUGUAAUAAAAAUUUCAUUCACCUACCGACUUAAUUUUUUGUUCACAUAGAAGAUGGCAACGCAUUAAAAAAAAAAAGAAAUUUUAGGAUGAAGCUGAUAAAGCAAACAAUGAUUGCUUAUCGUAGCGUAUUCUUUUCGUUGAUCGUGUUAUUUUUUUUUCAACUACAAAAUAUAUAAAA